CAGUUACUAUAGAAGUAGAAGUUUAUCGAAGACUGAGUCAAAUCAACUUGACGUUCAAAGGUUAAAGUUCAAGGUGAAGGUUGUCAGAGCAGACAGAAUGAUAGUUCCGAAAAUGGCGGAGCUGCAGUUUGAGGCUCCAUUGGCAUCGUUUGAGAACGAGGAAUGGAACGAGUAUAACGAGUUUCAGACGGCCAAUAAAGGCGAGAACAAUUCUGAAAUGGAUAAUUCUACCUCUGCCAGUGUGUGUUCAGACAAAAAUGUAAAUAGCCAGCCAGAAAAUUUCGCCGAAACGUUCACUGGCUCACUGGAAGACUUGGUCAAUUCGUUUGAUGAAAAAAUUAACAAUUGUUUUUGUAAUUUAGAAGAACAAACGGAUAAAUUUGCCCCAGUUCAAAUUCGCACACAAGAGGAAAUAAUGAGCGAUUGUCAAAUGUGGUGGACAAUUACUGGUAAUUUUGGUAAUUUGCUUCCAAUUGAUUGGUCAACCUCGUAUACACGGCAGCUUCAUACCAAAGUUCUUAACCUGGGAGAGAAAAGGGGAAAGGACACUGUUCGUCCUUCACCUUCAAACUUAUGGGAUUACCGCCCUGGUCCCACAUCGAGAAUGAAUGGGCCUCGACCUCAGGCUAGCAAGAAGAAGGCCCCUCUAUGUGUACAAGAACAAGAGUGUCAAGACUUAGAUCUAUCUGAUGAUGAAGAACUAGCCCAAGCAUUUGAUAUGCAUUCUCUAAUUAUCAACAGACUGUCGGAUGAUGACACCAUUAUAUCCGCUGACCAGGUCAUCAGUGAGAUUGAAACAAUGAUGCAGGAAACUAAUAUUGAAGAUGGACCUGUUGAAUUAGAAGAGACACCAGAAGAUUUACAUUAUGCUGAAUUCAAAGAAAAUCUUGCAAAACUUCCACAGUAUUCUGAAGCAGAAAUGAAAGACAUGACAAGUAGUCAGAUAAAUGAAGUUUUAACAGAGUAUGAGCUAACAAUCAAAGAAUUAUCAGGAAUGUUGGUCCAUGAAUUGGCACUAAGGGAUGAACUGGAGUAUGACAAGGAAUUAAAGAAUCAGUUUAUAUCGUUACUGCUGACCAUACAGAAAAAACGACGAGACAAUAAUGUGGAUAAGAAAAAACGACGAUCUAAAACUUUUAGUAAUAACAACAAUAAUGGAGCAGUUGAAUCACCUGUAAAUGCACAUCUAACCACAGUGAUUCCAUAUCAUCCUAACCAAGGUCCCCCAACUUCUGAACAAUUACAGAUAUAUAUUAAAAUACUACAGGCAAUAAAUGAAGAUAGUUCAACAGUACCCACACUUCUUACUGACUACAUUCUAAAAGUUCUAUGUCCCACGUAAUGAGAAGAUUUAUUAUAACUGUAGUAAUAUGAAAAUGUGACUACAUUAUGGGUGCCAAUGUGAUGUCAGUGUUAAUCAAGACAUUAAGACAUUUGAAAGUGCUUAAUGAUACAGUAGUGAUCUAGCUUUUUCUACAUAUAAACCAGACCCCUGCUUAUUGUCUCAUUGUGUUUCAAAUUCUAUAGAUGUUUUGUACAACUGUCAAAGGGUGUGUUGUGGUCAGGACUAAUACUGCUUAAAUGUAUUUGAUAUGAAAAAUUGUUUGAUUUUCUAAAAGAAAAAAAAAAUAUCACUCAUGAGUCAUUAUUUACCAAUCUAAAUAUAAUUUAAAAAAAAAAAAAAAAAAAUAUUAAACUAAAUUUUAAAACAUAAUAUCAAAAUUUGCAUGUAAAUUUAUAAAUGUUUUCAUUUAUCAUCUGUUUUCAUGAAAAUUUUUACAAUUUCAUCAAUUUUUUUUGUACAUACCAUUCUAUUUAUCUACCUACAUAAUUCAUUUUUUAUUUGAUACAAUACUUAAUGGGUUUGUAAGUGUUUCAGUGUAGAUGUAUGGUUGAUGUUUAAUUUUGUGAAGGGUAUUUUAUCACAGAGAUUCACGUCUGAAAUAUUGAAAGAUAUCUACAUACUUAUCUUGGAUAACUGAUGGAAUGAAAACACCAGGUCAUGAUGAAUUUAUCUUAUCUUAUUAAUGAGUUAAUAAAUUUGAAAUGAUGAAAUCAGUUCUCUUAAGGUUAUCUGUAAAAAAAUCUAUGUCAAUUUUCUUUUAAUUGUUGUAUAAUUACAGUAUACUUGAGUAUAUAAACAGUAAUAUGUGGUUGGUUGUUUCUGAAAAUUUUCUCCAUAGUGCAUAUUAUAUAGCAUGGCUUAAAUAUUAAUAACCAAUAUGAUGAUUCUAUUAUUAUUAUUACACAAUUCAUAUUAGGAGCAAUGCAAGAUUGCUACAAAUUACUAGGGGAAUAAUAACUCCCCCACCUUUUUACCUUAAACAUUUGUUUUUACUCAACUUAAGUUUCAACUCAAAUUUAAAUCACUUGAUAAUAGUGAUCACCUUAAAAUUUACAAUUGAAAACAGUAUUGAUCAUUUUCUUUCGACAAAUUGCAUAAACACAGAUCAAAAAAAUGUGCUGAAGCUAUUUUAGGGUGAGUAACAAAUUGAGUAAUUAAGUUGAAUGAAAAAUUUUUUUUAUGACACUGGAUUCGGAUAUGUUAUUUGUAAAUGAUGGUAUAAAUUAUUGUGAAAUCUAGUGAGAUAUAUUGUUUGUAUAUUUGUAUUAUAAACUCUAGCUUAGGUAAUCAUAAGAAAUAUAUAUGUAGGAGCACAAUAAUUAUAGAAAUUAGUACAAAAUCUGAAUUGCAAAUAAUGGAUCAAAUUGCCAAACUGUAACAUUCAUAAAUAGUCUGUUGAAGAUUACUCUUUGAGGAUAAAAUUAGAAAGUAUAGUAAACUUGAUUUAGUAGAAUAAAAAAGAUGUGAAAGUCAUAAAGGUUUGAAAGUCAUAAAGGUUGACAACAGAAAACUCAUAACUUAAGUUUCUCUAUCAUAUAUAUAUAUAUAUAUAUAUAUAUAUAUAUAUAUAUAUAGCUUGUCGUUGUUAAAUUAAGUACUUUAUCAUUAAGUGUUACAUAUUUUAGUUAUUGAAAACCACAAAAUAUGACCCGCAAAACCAUUGUGCAUAUAUAUAAUAUUUUAAAUACACCAUGCUGCUUCCAGUAAUGUUAGACUUUUACUCUGGAAUAGAAUGGAUUAUCUAUUCCAAUGUUGAUAUUAAAAGUAUUAGAAAAGCUUUAAAUUGUGUAUAUGUCUACUAGGUGUAUAUUUUAAGGAAUAUAUGUCAGUGUGUAAAUAAUUGCAGAAAUGGUUUUAAACUUACACGCAUUUAAUUACUUACAUCUGUAGAAAUCAGUGAAUAUUGAGAAUAGCGGCCAAAGAUAUGGUUAAUUGAUGAUGUUAUAAAGGCCUGUUUGGUAGUCAGUCAAUUUACAACUGACUCGUCAGUGGUAAGCAAUAUCUAGGAUAAAAUGUCUGGCUAGAACUAUAAUUUCAUUUAUUUAAUGAUAGAAAUUUCCAUGUAUCCAGUAUCAGACACUAAUGUUUUUAGCAUGUGAACACUUGUGUGUGUGAAGCUGUUUAACAAUGUCUCAAUUCUAUAAUGGCUUAUCAAUAUAUAUAGUGAUAAUUUAGUGUAAGGGCAAUGUGCAAAUAUAAUAACCUAACUGUUAAAAUCAAUAUAAUAUACAAAUGUGUUGUUGUUAGUAUGAUAUAGUAAUGAACAAUGUGUGGUUAUACACUAUAGAUAAAGCAUAAUGAAACUCUUUCAAAUAAAGGAAUAUGGUCAGUAUUGAUUUGUUUUAGGUGUAUAAAUAAAGUGUUUCAUUAAAACCUAUAUAGAAUCAUGCUUUUCAUCUGCACAUUUAUAAUGUUAUUAAUUCAAUAAUUAAUUGUAUGCAGGACAUGAAAUGACUCACUGACCCCAAAGUCCAGUUUGUCUUUCAACCUUAGUUUUGUGAAAUAUUUGAGGAUUAAUAAAACCCAAUAAAAUUCAUACAAAAUUGAAGAUACACUACUAGUUGUAAAGAUAGGCUAUUAGUGAUCAAAUAUUAAAACUAAUAUUAUUAGAUUUGAUGAUUUAUAUUUAGCAUUUUAUAACUGAUAUUAAUAGUCAAAGUUUCAUUUAGAAAUAUCAAACUGCAGUUUCUGUGUAAAUUUGCAUUUAUUAGAUGGGUAUAAUUAUCUGUAAAAAAAUAAAUAAAAUUAAAAAAAAAACAAAAAAAAAACCCUAAAGAAAA